GUAUGUGAUACAGAAAAUGAGGAACUGCUAAAUGAGAGUGUCCAUUGCACACAUGGUUUCAAUAGAACUGGCUUUCUGAUCUGUGCCUUUUUGGUCGAGAAGCUGGACUGGAGUAUUGAGGCUGCUGUGGCUACUUUUGCUCAGGCUAGACCACCAGGUAUUUAUAAAGGUGACUAUUUGAAGGAAUUAUUUCGUCGCUAUGGAGAUGAAGAUGAUGCACCAUCACCACCUGAGCUACCAGAAUGGUGCUUUGAUGAAGACGAAGAGGAGGACGAUGAUAAUGAUAAAACAGGAGGCCAAGAAUCAGAACCUGGAUCAUCAAGCUCUUCUUUUGGCAAGAGGAGGAAAGAACGCCUAAAACUGGGUGCAAUUUUCUUGGAAGGAAUAACAGUUAAAUGUGUGACCCAGGUGACAACACAACCAAAGUUAGGAGGAAUACGACAAAAAUGUCAGCAGUUCUGUGGAUGGGAAGGGUCUGGUUUUCCUGGGGCACAGCCUGUUUCCAUGGACAAGCAGAAUAUUAAAUUUUUGGAGCAGAAGCCAUACAAAGUUAGCUGGAAAGCAGACGGCACUCG